AAGGACUGAGGGGCACGCGGGGGUCGGGCGGCCGCGUCACGCGGCGUCUGAGGGGCGGCGGCGAGGGGCUGGCCGAGCCCGCGGCGCCGGCAGCGGGAGAGCGGGACAGACGCGCCCAGCCGCGCGUGGCUGGCCACGGCGGGGAGGCGAAGGUCGGGGCUGGCGAGGAGACGUGCUGAAACGCGCGUGUUGGACGUGGGGCUAACGCCAUAGCACGUGUCUACACUAGGGAGAGGAAAUUGGGCUCCUAGCCAAACGCGGCUGUGUUCAUGCAAACUUAAGUAGUGCAUCUGUAAGAAAAAUAUGGAUUUGGGAUCACAUUCCACCUUAAAUGAACACCUGCAAAAGACGGGAAUUUCAUCUGGAUCACAAGAUAAAGUUUCAGUUCUUGAUUCUGGACCAGAAAUGGCUGAACCUCAGUUAGCUGUGGAUCCUGUAGCAACAUCAAACUUGUCUGCUAAAGCACCUGAAUUUUAUCCAUCAGGGUACAACCAGAACUUCAAUCAGAAUUUCACAGAUUCCUCCUUUGAAGAUAGAUGUGACGGCUAUCUGACCCUGGCAGAAUAUGUACAAGGCUUCCUAAACCACCUCACGGAGCAACCAGGUUGUUUUGAAACAGAAAUAGAACAGUUUGCUGAAACACUGAACGGCUGGGUUAUUGCAGAUGAAGCUUUACAAGAACUUGUUGAACUCAUCUAUCAGCAGGCCACAUCUGUCCCAAAUUUUUCAUACAUGGGAGCACGGUUGUGUAACUAUCUAUCUCACCACCUAACCAUUAGUCCACAAAGUGGGAACUUCCGACAGUUGCUGCUUCAGAGGUGUCGAACGGAGUAUGAAAACAGAGAUGAGGCUACUAAAGGGGAUGAGACUACUAGAAAACAAUUUCAUGCCUUUGUGCUGUUCUUAGCUGAACUUUAUCUUAACUUGGAGAUUAAAGGAACAAAGGGACAGGUUACACGGGCAGAAAUUCUUCAAGAAGGCCUUCGGGAAUUACUGAAUGCACUCUUUUCUAAUCCUGUGGACAGUAAUUUGAUAUGUGCUGUGAAACUGCUGAAGUUGACAGGUUCCGUUUUAGAAGAUGCCUGGAAAGAAAAAGGAAAGAAUGAUAUGGAGGAAAUGAUUCAGAGAAUUGAAAAUGUUGUGUUGGAUGCAAACUGUAGCAGAGAUGUGAAACACAUGCUUCUGAAACUAGUAGAACUGCGAUCUAGUAACUGGGGUAGAGUUCUUGGAACAACUCCACAUGCAGAAGCUACCCCUGAAAAUGACCCAAACUAUUUUAUGAAUGAACCAACGUUUUACACUUCACUACCGCAAGGAAAGACUGCAGCAGACCCAGAUUAUCAAGAAAAAUACCAAGAGCUGCUUGAAAGAGAGGAUUUGUUUCCAUAUUAUGAAGAAAAUGGAGCAGAUCUGUCAGGACCUGGAGAGCUGUAUUUUGAUGAGAUUGAUGAUGUCUACCUAGGUCUUUAACUUCUUCGUAAUGAAAAAUUCUGUCUAGAAUCAGAACAUAACAGAAAACAGUGAGAUGUUAUGUAUUAAUGUUAGUUUAUUUAACCACUUUAGGUAUGGUUAGAGUGAAGGGGGACACAAAACAUUUGUACCAAAAUGAGAAACUUGAGUUUCUCCAAGUACUAAAGUUACACUAUUUCCAUUUUGUUUAACACAAUCUGCCAAAAAAUGUAAACUUAUGCCCUGUAACUUAAAAUGUUGUGUAUAUAUCAUAGUUUAUUUUGUGAAAAAUGUUUUUUGAACAAUGUUUUGGCUGCAAUAAAAAUUAUUUAAAAGUUAUAAUUGAAAUUAAAAUUUAAUGGGGAACUGUCCCAUAAAACUUCCCUUGAGGAAGAAAGGGAAAGAAUAAUGAUCUGAAUUUGCUUGCUUGUUUGCUUUAGUAUAUAUUGGGAUUUACUCAUCCUAUUUACCAUAUACAAUAUGUCUUGCAUUUACUUCCUCCACUUCCCCCUCCAAGAAGAGUAUGAUCCAAAUAAGAAAUUUUUUUUCAUGUAUAUCACAAUCAUGAAAAGUGGCUUGUGAAAGUUUUGUGUAUGAGUUUUUGUUUUGUUCAUUUCCUUUUUCUUCUUCUUUCGAAACACACAUGGGUGAGGUCUGGACUUUUCCUUUUUCCUGGAAUAAAUAUGUUACAUGUUGAUAUGUGAAAAAGCAAGCAGUAUUUUGGAAGUGAGGUGCUUUCAAGAUCUUUGGUUCAGAUAAGCUUAUUUUCAAAUUUACAAGAAAAGCUGUUCUGUAAUUUGUUGUGUUCUUCAAGGCAAUAUUAAUACAGUUAUGCUCUAAGCCAUGCUUCUCAAGAGUAUGUGCAGUGCUUUUUUUCUUUUGCUUUUGUUUCUAGUAAUGUAUCUAACAUGUCUAACCUUUCCCAAUCCUUGUAACUUUCUUUUAUUCUUCUAAUUUUAUGUAGUUUGAUUUAAUUUUGUAGUUGGAGUAAAUUCAUAUAUUUCAUAAAUGUUAACAUUCUGAGGCCAACUGCUCUUUUUUUUGACUCCAUAUAAUCAUGUUAGUUUUCCUAGGAUGCUCCAUUGUUGUUGUUGCCAAACUCAGUUGAACUGUUUCCUGUUACCUGUUGCUGGUUAGACUUGAGUAGAAAUUGUUACCAAAAACAAACACAAGUAUUUCCCAACAGUUAGCUACUCUAAAGAACACGCAUUGUAAAUAUGCAUGUAAAUAAUUCUGAUAAUAUUUCACUAUUAAUUGUUUGGUUAAAUAAGUUGUGCAUCUGCUAGUAGAGUAAGCAGUGGCUGUUUUCUGGAUGUUUAUUUAACAUACUUAUUUAGGUUGAAGUUUUGGAAAAUAAAAUUUAACUAGCUUUAUUUCCUUUGGUAUAAUAUCACUACCUUGUCUUCUUGCUUUAGAACAGAAACGAUAUUUUAUCUUCUUGUAUCUGUCCUUCACUGAGCACUCCUUUCUCUUCUUCAAAGUACAAAUUGCAGGGUUGAUUAUCUUUUGAUUCUUGCUGGAAAAA